AUGGACGAUGAGUUGGUGCAAAGCAGUUCCAGCAACGACCCAUCGACUCUCGGCAGUGUUGAACUCCAUGAACCCUUGCCGCACAAGCCUGGAACCGCUUUCAUUCGUGUUAUUCAUCUGGAUCGUGACAGUAAAGAUAUAGACGCACCUCUCCAUGCAACGCUCAAGCUCAUUGAUCUUCGAACGUGUCCAAAAUUUGCUGCCCUGUCCUACGUCUGGGGCGAGUACAUGCCUGAGCCAGACACUAUAUGCUGCAAUGGGUACACCAUCUCGAUUACCAGAAACUGCAGCAACGCAUUGAGAUCCCUACGCGCUAUCUGUGGCCCCGUCGACAUCUGGGUUGACGCAAUAUGCAUCAAUCAAGAUGACGAAGUGGAGAAAAUCGCACAGAUCCGGCUCAUGGACGAGAUAUAUACCUGGGCCCAGACUGUCUACAUCUGGCUCGGCCAAGGGAACACGAGGUCCGAUCAGGCAUUGAAAUGCCUCAAACUGGCCUCGGGUUUCCGUUCUCGACUGCCAGGCGUUCCCUGGACGGACAGCCGAAAAGUCAUGACUGCUCGUCGUGAUAGGUUUUUGACGGGGUUAUCGAUUGCGUAUCUGUACAUUCGGUCAUUGAUACCAUAUUUACAGCGAUUCCAAGCCUACCGUGUACGAGCGGCGUUCAACGUGCACCACCUCGAUGAAUUGCUCAACAGAGAGUGGAUAGAGAGAGCAUGGACGUACCAGGAGAUCAUACUGGCUUCGAAUCCGGUGAUCGUCUGUGGCAACAAGACCAUCACCUGGUCUUGUCUCCAAAAGGGCCUUGAUUACCUCAAUAACCCGGUUUCCCCGUUCCACGUUCGUUUCAUAGACUUGCUCAGAGCCUCGUUUUCUUAUCGAGGACCAAGUGCAGCAGCUCUGGGGAAGCGAACAAGCAAGAUCACGAACGCAUGUCACUCGAUCCGAUCUUUCCACGUAUGGCGAAAUUUGUAUAAUAUCUGGAGCGCAGCCUCUCGUCCUACGCAUUGGAACGACCGCACGUUCAGGAGUUUUACAGUUGACGCAGAAUCCGGCAGGUGCGACUGGUCCUUGAAAAUUUAUCAAGAACGCUUCAUCGAGAUGGAGAAGUCCUGGCAUUAUGCUAGACUCAUGAUAGCGUUGGCCGCUAUCAUCCUGAUCCCCGGGGCCCUUAUGGGGGCUGGUGGGUACCUUAUGUUUCUCUAUUAUACAGAGGGGUCUUGUAGCCCCUACCCUAGCGUUGCUUUUCAUACGAAGUCACUCGAGUGCAGAUUCUACGGGGUAAUGACCUGGGUGGUGUUUGGUCUAGGUGGCAUUCUAUGCGUUCUGGGGGUACUCAUCACUGUGUAUGCUGUGCGAACAACGCCCAAAGUCUGGUACCAGAGCGAUGAGAACGGCAGAUCAGUUAUAGGGCCAGUGCAAGCAUUGCGGGAGAGACGAGCAACAGUGCCAGCGGACAAAGCCUUCGCCUUACACGGAGUUCUGCAGCGUGUGGGUAUAUCUAGAUCCACUCCCGACUACAGCAAACCGCUCGGUGAAGUCUACCACGGCCUGUUUCUCGACCUGUUGCGCCAUCAGACAUCCCUGAUCAACCUACUGGUUGAUAUUGGACCCAGACUCCCCGGUGUGCCGUCUUGGGUUCCGGAUUGGAGUUCUAUCCACCGAUGGAACUGGAUAAGCCCCGAUUACACCUAUGACAACACCACACUAUACGGCGCAUCGUUCCCAGAGCCACAGAUGAAGAUCUCUGAUGACAAACUGGCAUUAUGGGCCAUCAAAAAGGGUACGAUAGGCUGGAUGUCGGACGCUUUCCAGGAAGUCGCGACUGAGUCGGGGCCACGUGGGAGUUCAGAGGCUUCAAUUGCCCUUGCCCAGGCGAUGCGGUCUUUCACUGAGUGGGUGCGUGUGAUCGGAGAGUCGGCAUCAACUCAAGUCGACAGCACCGACAGCGACGCUCUGGGCUCCAUCUAUAAGGCGUUGGUCGGAAGUCCGAAGUCACCAUCACCUGAACAAUUCGAUAUAUUCAAGAGGUGGCUUUAUUUAAUACAAAGCCAGCUACUUGACGGACCCGUUGAUGAACCAAGCUCGCCUUGGCUGUCCCUCAGUGCGGACCCUGAAGUCUUCAAGUUCACCGUAUCUUGUUGCAAUCAGCUCGCUGAGAGAAGGAAGCUCUUCGUUACGGCUGAAGGACAAGUCGGCUCCGGCCCUCCAACUAUGGGUACUGGUGAUAGGCUUGUUCUUUUGAGAGGCGUUGCGGUGCCCAUGGUUCUACGGACUGCAGGUAAGACAGAAAACACGUUCGAGGUUCUGGGGCCAGCUUUUAUCAGUGAGUUUGCGGACUUGUCUUCGUUUAAUGGGUCGAACUUCGGGCAUGACUGGGAAGCGGUAUAUCUAGUCUGA